AGAGAAAAAGACACACAACAUUUCCGUUGGUGUUGGCCCCUCGAUUUUCCAUAAUUAAAAAAAAACGAAAAAACAUUACAAUAGAAGAAGAACAACUUAGGACACCACACGAAGCUGUUUGAAAUAUCACCACCACCAACACACAAACACAACACCGAGUAACUAACAAAACGAUGUCGUUUUCAUCGGAGAAUCAGAUUCAGACUCAGAAAGAAAACCCUAACCCUAAUAUCAGUUCUUUAUUGAAGAAGAGAGUACCUAGAUGGUCUGAUAUAUGGGUAAAGCACACCAAAUCGAAACCCCUUAACCAAAUUGUUGCUGCUGCUACAGCAAUGCAAAUGCAGCUUCAAUCUCUUUCUCCUUCUCACAAAUCACACAACAACACAUUAAUCCCUAAUUUCUCAAUCAUCGAUCAAACUCUUUUGUUAUCUGACGAAAUGCUUCUCAAGAUUCUAUCUAAGCUUCCAGAUUCUCAGAGAAAUUCAAAUUCACUCGUUUGUAAACGUUGGCUCAAUCUCCAAGGUCGUCUCGUACGUAAAAUUAGGAUCCUCGAUUGGAACUUUCUUUUAUCUGGUAGGUUGAUUCAUAGAUUCCCUAAUCUUAAUCAUGUUGAUUUGGUUCCUGGGUCAUUGAUUUUAACUAAAAGUUCGAAUAUUUUGACGAGCAAUAACGUUUUGUGUAUGAAUGUGGAUUCGGCGUGUUCGCCGAAUUGGUUUUUAUGUGAGGAUAAUAUGCUUCCUGUUGAGGUUAUUGAUAAUGGGUUAAGUGCUUUAGCUAGUGGGUGUCCUAAUUUGAGAAGGGUUCAAGUGAUUGGUGCUAGUGAAAUGGGUUUGCUUAGUGUGGCUGAAGAGUGUCCUACAUUGCAGGAAUUGGAACUUCAGAGUUGUAGCGAUAAUGUUUUGCGUGGGAUAGCCGCAUGUGUGAAUUUGCAGAUUUUGAAAUUGGUUGGGAAUGUUGAUGGUUUUUAUGGUUCUGUUGUUUCUGAUAUUGGGUUGACUAUUUUGGCUCAGGGUUGUAAGAGGCUUGUGAAGCUUGAGCUUUGUGGUUGUGAAGGGAGUUUUGAUGGGAUUAAGGCUAUUGGUAAGUGUUGUCAAAUGUUGGAGGAGUUGACAUUGUGUGAUCAUAGGAUGGAUGAUGGAUGGAUGGCUGCGGUUUCGUAUUGCGAGAAUUUGAAGACGUUGAGGUUAAUGUCUUGUAAGAAGAUUGAUUUGAAUCCAGGACUCGAAGAGUACUUGGGUUCUUGUCCUGCACUUGAAAGGUUGCAUUUACAAAAGUGUCAGCUGCGGGAUAAGAAGAGUGUAUCUGCUUUGUUUUCUGUUUGCAGGAAUGCUAAGGAGAUUAUUAUUCAGGAUUGCUGGGGAUUCGAUAAUGGCAUGUUCAACUUUGCUAAUGUUUGCAGGCGUGUAAAAUUGCUUUACAUAGAAGGAUGCUCAUUACUAACAACAGAAGGGUUGGAAUCUGUAAUACAUUCAUGGAAGGAUCUUCAAAGCCUUAGAGUAGUGUCAUGUAAGAAUAUAAAAGAUAGUGAAAUCUCUCCUGCACUUGCAACCUUAUUUACCAGUCUCAAAGAAUUGAAAUGGAGGCCAGAUACCAAAUCACUUCUUCAAUCAAGUCUUGUUGGGAUAAGUAUUGGAAAGAAAGGUGGCAAAUUUUUUAAAAAGACAUGACAUGAUGACCCUUCAAGUUUUGCCAUGUAGUUGUUGUCUAAUAAUAAACCUAGGGUUCCUGCAGUUACAGCAGGAAGCUGUAACCGAUCUCAGCCGUCUGAUUUUGAAUCAACGAUAUAGAUUGUUUUAACUUAAAAAAUACAGUUUUCAAUCUAAUGUUCGAUCUCAGAUUAACAGCUGAGAUUUAAAACUGUGAAUCUCUUAGAAUCCAGGUCCUAAACCUAGGCUUUGUCUUAAAAAAAACAGAUUAUUUUCACUGACAUAGUGAAAAAUUGUAGCAUUAGCGAUGUGUAAUCACUUUACUACGUUUAACUUAGAUGUUGACAGUGAAAGAUUGUUCUUUCUUUUUUUUUUUUUUUCCUUCCUUUCAUCAGAAUAAGGAAGAAGCAUAGUGAUGUAAUUAUGUAAAAGUUAAACCUAUUUCACACACGAAUUGAAAUUGGGUCCCUUUGUUCCCUGAAUGAUGUUAAUUUAAUGAGAUAAAUAUUUGUUUUC